AACAAAGAAAAUAAACACGCGACUCAAAUCAAAGCCAGGGUUGGUGACAAAUACCGACACCACACCCAUUACCAACAACAACGGCCCACUCCCACUAUAAAUUUCUAAAACCUGCUCAACCACCUCCCAAGAUCUCUCAUUUUUCAAGAACCCACAAAUUUAUUCUCCUUUUUACACUCUUUUAGCUCUCAUUUUUCAUUUCUGAGAUAAAAAAUGGCUUCCUAUGAUGGUGUUUUCUUGGGCAUGGGAAACCCACUUCUUGACAUUUCUGCUGUUGUUGAUGAUGAUUUCCUUAAUAAAUAUGACAUCAAGCUGAACAAUGCUAUCCUUGCUGAAGACAAGCACUUACCAAUGUAUGAAGAAAUGGGUCAAAAAUUUACUGUAGAAUACAUUGCUGGAGGUGCUACUCAAAAUUCGAUCAAAGUUGCUCAGUGGAUGCUUCAAAUUCCUGGUGCAACAAGUUAUAUUGGUUGCAUUGGAAAAGAUAAGUUUGGAGCGGAAAUGACGAAGGAAUCGAGGCAAGCUGGCGUCAAUGUUCACUAUUAUGAAGAUGAAACUGCUCCUACCGGAACCUGUGCUGUUUGUGUUGUUGGUGGUGAGAGGUCACUUAUUGCAAAUUUGUCAGCAGCAAAUUGCUACAAAGCUGAGCAUUUGAAGAAACCAGAAAAUUGGGCACUCGUCGAGAAAGCCAAAUAUUUCUACAUUGCUGGGUUUUUCCUUACCGUCUCUCCCGAGUCCAUUCAACUUGUUGCUGAGCAUGCAGCCGCAACCAACAAGAUUUUCACGAUGAAUCUUUCAGCUCCAUUCAUCUGUGAGUUCUUUAAGGACGCCCUGGAGAAAGUUUUACCUUACAUGGACUAUGUCUUUGGAAAUGAGACUGAAGCAAAAACUUUUGCCAAGGUUCAUGGAUGGGAGACUGAGAACGUCGAGGAGAUUGCUAUAAAGAUCUCUCAGUGGGCCAAGGCAUCAGGCACACACAAGAGAAUUACCGUCAUCACUCAAGGUGCAGAUCCUGUUGUGGUUGCUGAGGACGGAAAGGUCAAAUUGUUCCCUGUGAUCUUAUUGCCAAAGGAGAAGUUGGUUGACACCAAUGGAGCAGGGGAUGCUUUCGUUGGUGGAUUUAUGUCACAGCUGAUCCUAGAGAAGCCAAUUGAAGACUGCGUGAGAGCCGGAUGCUAUGCAUCAAAUGUGAUCAUCCAGAGGUCAGGCUGCACAUACCCACCAAAGCCCGAUUUUAGUUAGGUUCAUCUCUGCCAGCACCUUCUAUUGAUCUUAUUUUAGCGAUAAGAGCACGGUUACUAUCUGAACUUUUAUUGCGGCGGCUAAGAUUAUUAUUCGCUCCCGAACCCAUAUUUAGCUUGGUAGAGGAGUUGUUUGCAUGUUUUCCAAUAUUUGUAUUGUAUGUGUUGGGGUUCCUUAUUCACUACAUGAAUGAGGAUAUCUGAGUUAUCCACCAAAAAUAAUUUUUAUUUUCAGUUAUAAAACGGUGAGGCAGUUUUGAUUUGAAUGAGUA